AUGCAGCUCACCGCCGCCUCCCUUUUUCUUGCCAGCCUCCUCGCCAGCAACGCUGCCGCAGUGCCCUUAACAACACGUCAAGCAUCAUCCGUUGAGGGUCAGGCAUGCACCGACGGUAGAUUUGACGGCACAUGCCGAGCCGAUGGCCGUUGCGGAUUGAAUCUUCCCCCGAACGAGCUAUCCUUCCAGUUCGUUUCUGGACAAUGUGGUGUAGCCGACAGCACCGGGGGAGCGUUUGAUGACUUUUUCGGCCGUAAGAACAAUGGCGUCGACGAUGACGCUGCUACCGACGACGGUACUGAUGACGGCAUUGAUGACGACAGUGUCGCGGGUGACAGCGAUGACGGCCUCGACAGCGAUACCGACGAUGAAGACAACGGUAACCAGGCCUCAGUCGAAGGUCAAGCGUGUACCGACGGACAAUUUGAUGGUUUCUGCCGAGCCGACGGUCGUUGCGGACUACAGCUCCCCCCUAACGAGCUGUCCUUCCAGUUCGUAUCCGGACAAUGCGGCAAGUAA